GGUAUCAUUCAUCAAGAGAAGUAUUCAAAGUGCUGCGUAUUUUCAUUAUUAUUUGAGUACUGAACGAUCAUCCUGAUAAGAAUGCCUCUGUAUCUUUAAACGGAAUAAUUGUCUAAAGAAUAACUGUCCUCCUAAAAAGAAACAAGUUUUCAUACAUCUGAAUUAAGUGCUUCAUAGCUGUAAAACUAUGGCGAAUACAGAUAAUAAACUCGUACUUCGGCGUUUGAAUACUGAUAUUCAUAACCCUUGCUAUCUUCUGCAUAUUCGUGAUGUUAAUCUGCUGUUAGAUUGUUGUAUGGAUUUGUCGAAUUUGUCAUACUUCCUGCCAAAACAUCAGCUUAUGAGGUCUGUAUUUCAUAUUUACUAGUUGUAGUGUAUUGAUGCUUUUAGUCCAGGUUGUUCCGACCUACCAAAUAUGUGGAGUGGUGAUGGAGAAGGUGGAAUGGUUAGUUCUUUGUUAUGUAACGUUCCUAUCAUGCACAUAAUUAUUUUUUGUAUUUCAGUCUACCAAAAUAGGUGAUAUGAACUAUAUUAGUACGGAUUUCAAAUUUUGCAUGUUAAAGUUAUCAGAGGUUUUAGUUUAUUUGUAAAUUUCAGACAUUAUUUUAAAAUUAUUAAUAAUCCUAGAUGUCUUCCAUAUUUUGGGAAACUAUUGAUGUAAUUCUAGUGUCGAAUACAAGAAGUAUCCUUGGUUUACCAUUUCUAUUUGAAAAUACGAAUUUUCGUGGGAAAGUUUUUGCAACUGAACCAGUUGUAAAAUUUGGAAAAAUAUUAAUCGAUGAUUUAUUAUGUGAACUUGAUCAGUUGUUUGAAUCUGAAGUUAACUCUGGCCACUCCAAUGCUAAAGUGAAUAAACUUAGUAAUCCAAUAGACUACUUACUUAACUCUGGUGAGUUGAAUUGGACAAAAUUCUACACUCGUGAAUCAGUUAUGAAAGCCUUGGAUAAAAUUCAUCUAGUCGCUUAUCAUGAACCUGUGGAUUUGUUCGGUUUAUUAACCAUCAAAGGCUUAAGUGCUGGCUAUGGAAUUGGCAGUUGUAAUUGGAUUAUUACAUCGAGCACGGAGAAAGUGGCUUAUAUCUCACACACAUCGUUGUUAUAUUCUCAUGUCCUACCUUUCGAUGAUAGUACAUUUGAAGAUACUGAUGUCUUAAUUAUUGGUACUGUCAAUAUGUAUGCAAGUGAUCAAUUGGAAAAGACCGUGGAAGAAUUUUGUCAUAUCGUUGUGCAAACUUUAGCUCAUGGAGGUAAUGUCUUAGUGCCGUCAAAUCCAUCCGGUAUUAUCUUCGACUUGCUUGAAACAGCUAUUCAGGCCAAAGAUAAUUUUAAUGGUACAAUCCUACCAUUGUUCAUGCAUAAUCGUCCUUCAUCUGGAAAUAAUGUUGAACAUACUGAAAAUACUACUAAUACUACUGGCAGCAGCAGUACUGCUACUACUUCAUCUGUAGGAACAAUAAAUAAUCAUUCAUUACAAAGAAUUCCUUCCGAUUCAACUACAUCGAUAGAAAUAGAUUUAACAUGCAAUCGUAGUUCAUCAAUACCAACAACAACAACAACGGCAACAAUAGCACAGACAACAAUCAGUUCAUCAUCAUCAUCUGGUCUAGUGGCACGUUCUCCAAUAUUUUUCAUAUCCAAUCAAGUUCAUGUUAGUUUAGCAUAUUCUAAUGCUUAUGGUGAAUGGUUAAAUUCAGUAAAAGAAUCUGUUUUGUAUAAUGCUGAUGCACCAUUUCUUUUUCAAUCUCUAUUACAAUGCGGUAAAUUAGUCGCUUUAAAAAGUUUAUACGAUUGUUCAUGCAGCAGAAAAUUGUUAUCGGAUUCAUCUACCGCCAGUAGAUAUUCAAGUCAUAGUUUAACAUCACCACUUCUGUUGGGUACCGGCAAUUCAACUUCCUCAUCAGGCGGGUAUUUUGAAGCGACUAGUGGUACAAACGCGUCUAAUCCGAUAUCUAAUAGUUCAGACAACUUGGAUUCUGCUCUAUUUGUUUUGAAUAGUUCUUCAACUCGUAAUACUAGUAGUAAUAAUCCUAAUAUCAGCGGUGGUAUUUGGCCUAAUUCACCAUGUCUAAUAUUUGCCAGUCAUCCAAGUCUUCGUUUAGGACCAUCUGUACACCUGACCCGUGUUUUAGCUUAUGGCGGUUUACGUUCAGGUGGCAGUAGUGGUCGUACGAGCAGUCCUUCACAUAAUUCAAUCAUUUUAAUAGAAUCUGGUGAUUAUGUACCAUCGUUUGAAUGGAAUUCAAAAUGUUUAUGUAGCCCUGAAGUACAUCUUCGGCGAAUAAUUUCACCAUUUCUUCAACCCGACAAAAUGCCUACUAACCACAUUUCAUUCUCUCAGCUAAGCACUCCAUCCUUAUCUCUUAGUGAUACAGCGACAGUGUACUGGUUACCAAUGGAAGCACGUAUAGGUGCACAACAAAUAAAUCAACUGGUAAAACGUUGUGGUGAACCCCGACUAGCACUAAUACUUCCACAAGAAGUUUAUGAUAAACCAUUCGAUUGGUCAAAUAUUACUUUAAAACCAGAACAAUUUCUAACAAAAAUUCAUGGUAUACCAUAUGGUCAACAAAUAUGUAUUCAUCUACCAGAUACACGUUUAGAACAAGUUCGUUUAUCAACAAAAUUAAUACAGAAUAUUAAACCUAUUUGUAUCAAAUUACAAUAUGAUCAAUUCAUAGAAUCAAAUUAUCCAUUAGAUAAGAACAAUAAUAAUAAUAAUAAUAAAGAGAAUGAUACUGAAAAGAAAACUGAAUUAAAAUCACUACAAAUUGAUACUAAUCAAUCAAAUACUAAACAUGAUACAAUAAAACGUAAAUUAUCUACUACUGGUAAUCAUAGUACAUCAAAUAUUACUGAUGAUAAUAAAGAAGAACAUAAACAAAAAGUAAUACAAUCGAAUGAUAAUGAAAUAAGUGAGAAAAAACAAAAAUGUAUUGCAUUAGUUAAUGGAAUGUUAACUACUAGAGAUGGUAAACACUGGUUGAUUGGUAAACAUGAGAAGCUAGAACCAGAUAUUAUUCGACCUGUUGAAGAUGCCAUUAUACGACCUAUGACUCCUCCAACUACCACAAGCACUUCUGUUCCCGCCACAACAACAGCAACAACAAGCUCGUUAAGCAACGCUAGCGAUCAAUCUAAAGAUUCUAUACUGAAAUCCAAUAUGUUAGAUUCUGAAAAACGUAUAUUAGUUAGUUGUUGCGAUGAGUCAAGCAGAAUAAACCCACAUGAGUUGAUACGAAAGUUAACAGAACGUGGUGUUACUGGUGCUUAUCUUGCUGAUCCGUGCACUGCACGUCAAGUAUAUUCGCGAUUUUCUGUAUAUAAUACUAAUAAACAAUCAGGUCCUAUACAAAACGAAGAUGUAAUUCUAUUUCCAAAUCCAAAUACACUGAUUUGUUUGCAUGAUCAUGGCAGUCAUAUUAUCUGCAUGGAUGAAAGUACACGUACUGCAAUCAGAGAUACGAUAUUGUUAUUUGUACAACAUUUAGAUAUUUAUUCAGUUGUUUAAUUAUUUAUGAAUAUAACACUAUUGUAUCGUGUAUUA